AUGUCGAACGUGCCGCGACAAUUGUACGACAUAUGCAUCGCGGUGGCAGUGUCCGAUUGCGUCACUGUGUGCAAAUUUUACAAGAAGGAUUUCAGAGGUUUGCCCAACAAUGUCCUCUUUGAUUUCUACUACAAGAUGUUUACGGAGAAGCGGCUCUGCCUGCUGGCGGUGGAGUUCAGCGAGCUCGAGGUGUUCACGCGCAUGCUGGCGGUGAAGCACAAGCGGCCGAAGCUGCUGAAGAGCUUCCAGUUCCUCAUCGAUCACGGAUCAGUCGUGUGCGAGGACCUGAUCGGCAGCUACGAGAAGUACACGCGCGGGGGCGCCGACCUGCACCACGUCGUCGACGUCGGGCUGCGUUUGGGCAGCUUCUUCAACGAGGGCGGCUGGUACAACCACUCGAUCAAGGUGCUGAACGUCACGGAGGCCCUGUGCAAGAAGCACAAGCCCGACGUCUACUUGCUAAGGAAGCUCCUGGACUGCUAUCACAAGAAAAUUUAUGCAGAAGCGAUUUACUGCGAGUUCGUAUCGGCCGAAGCUACUUUCAGAUCAUCGCAGGAAACAGUCGAAGAUUUAAAAAAAUUGAACGCGUUGCCGAACUUAGCUAGCUUAUACACGAAUUACUCCGUUUAUUAUACUUGGAGGUCCGAAUAUGAUGAGGGAUUCAGAUGGGCGAUCGAAGCCCUGAAGCUCCUGAAAAACGACCUGCCCACGCGAGUGAUAAUCGAGAUCCUGCGCCAGACGGCCAAGACGUGCGUCGUGAAGCGCCGCUUCAACCUGGCCGGCCUGCUGGUCCGGCAGGCGGUCAACAUGGCGCAGGAGCUCUACAAGAUCGACCAGCACCCGCGCUACAGCGACACCCUCAUCGACUACGGCUUCUACCUGCUCAACUCCGAUUCCAUACACGAGAGCGUCAAGAUCUACAAGAAGGCUCUCGACAUCAGGAAAGAGGUCUUCGAGAGGAACAACAUCCACGUGGCCUUGGCGCACGAGGACAUGGCCUACGCGUUGUACGUCCACGAGUACAGCUCCGGCCGGUUCACAUCAGCAAGGGAUCACUCUGAAAAAUCCAUCCGCAUCAUGGACAACAUCCUGCCCAGGGACCACCUGAUGCUCUCCUCCGUGAAAAGAGUAAAGGCCUUGAUCUUGGAAGAGCAAGCCCUCGACGAAGCCCACAACCCGAAAUUGCAGGACUCCUUCCUGAAGGAGGCGGAGCAGCUGCACAAGACGGCGCUGGAGUUAUCACUGAAAGCGUUCGGAGAAAAAAACGUCCAAACUGCGAAGCAUUACGGGAACAUGGGGCGCUUGUAUCAGAGCAUGAAGAGGAACAAGGAGGCGGAACUGAUGCAUUUAAGAGCGAUUGCGAUCAAGGAAGAGUUGCUAGGAAAAGAGGAUUACGAGGUAGGUUUGAGCAUAGGCCACUUGGCCAGCCUGUACAACUACCACAUGAAGAGGCACCAGGACGCGGAGAAGCUGUACAUGCGUUCGAUAGAAAUCAACCUGAAUUUGUUCGGGGAGUCGUACUCCGGCCUGGAGUACGACUAUCGCGGCCUGAUAAACGUCUACUCGACCUUGUGCGACGUGCACAGCAUGAACCUGUACAGCCAGAAGAUGCGCGAGUGGCGCGACAUCAGGAGCAAAAUCAAGCCGGUCGCCGAGAAGGAGCAGACCCUGCCCCUCGGCGAGAUAGUCGACAAGUUUUUCAGCAUGUAUUGA